AUGUCUCCUUCAAUAAGUGGAUAUGCCCUUUUGGAUGGUAUGGAUUAUGAGGACGACGAUGAGGAGGAGGUGCUGGGAAGGCAAGAGGAUUACAGUAACAACCUUCCACAAUACCACGACUAUGACACGCUGAUGAACGAUGAUUCCUACAACAACUCCACGCUGUUGAACAAUUCCCCGACCAAACCGCUUAAUUUCCCACUUCAUAAGGCUAAGGAAUUCAACUCCAGCUCGGAUACGUAUACUAGUGACGCGGAAGCUGGUGAGAACGAUGGAGCAGAGAAUUCUAAGGCAAACAACAAGAAUGGCGGGGAGAAACAAUCCGACCUAUUUGACAGAAACUUCAGCUUUGACAACUCCGAAGAUGCCAUCAAGACUGUAAUAACUCUGCCAGGGAAAUUUCAAGCUGUAACCAGUGCAGCAGCAGUAGUCACACCGGGAAUAAUAACGGCUCCCCAAGCCAAAGACUCAAAAACAGAUGAAGAAUCCGCCGGAUUUGAUGACGCUUUCUUCCAAACUCCAUUGACCUCAACCACGGACUUGAGUCCUGAGAAACUCAUAAAUCGUACCAAUAAUAAUUCAUCGCCAAGUAAGUCAAUUAUGAGGAAGAAAGAUACGCCGCAUGGCUCUCCUACAAAGAAGAGCGUGGUGUUCACUGCGCUGAAUCCAGAAAUCCACCUAUACAAAAAGGAGGAAACAGCCACCGAGGACGAAUACCUGUUGCAACUGCAGCUGCCUUUGGACAAUUCGUGGAACCCUGUACCCAAAAGCGAUGAAUUGAGUUCGGAGGAUGACGAAGAGCCACCUGCGCCUCCACCGCAUACGGAAAAUAACCUCAAGGCAAUAAACGAGAAGGAAGGAGAGGAAGACCCUUCAGAUGAUGUAGACACUGCUCAAUUGAAGGAAUUGAGGAAAAACGGGAUCAGUAAAAGCUCGAGUAAUCUCUCGCUAAAUGAAAAGUUGGACAUCUUCUUAUCUAAAAAGCAUUACAAUAAUCAAAGGAUCACUUCAAAUGAUGUUAAGGAAAACGACCUAUUGGACAAACAUCUCAAUCAAUUAGAAUCAUCCAAAUCCAAACAACUAGAUUCUAGUAUACGUAAUUUAUCUUUCAAACUACAAACUGAAGAGCUUGAAGGAAUUGAAAACCCUUUGAAUUCGUUUGCAAGAUCUGGUGAUGUUGACAUAAUGUCUGGUAAUACUUCAAGAUCAUCUAUGCAGUCAUUAAGAGAUGAGGAUAGAGUUUUGGAAUCCAGUAAUGUGAACACAGUGGCCAAAAGCAUUGAGUUAAAUGAUGGAAUAAAGGGUUUUUCUGACCAUAUGGUUGAAUCAUUAUUACCUGAGUCAGAAGAGAAUAAAGAAAACAAUGUUAUGAACAUAACGAAAGAUACGGUAUUUGCUCUGCCCAUGAUAGGAUCUUUAGGAAGGCAAUUUGUGGAUUCUUCUAAUGAUGAAUUUCACGACUCCUUUGACCAAUCGUACAACAAUACUGAACAAAGUAUUAUGGAUUUAUUGAAGAGGCAGAGUUCGAUCAAAGGGCAAUCUCAGAUCAAAGAAACAGCAAUCAAAGCGGAGCCGGUUGAUAAUAUUGUUAUAAAAACUGAAGAUCCAGUAGUAAAAAUACCAGUCAAGCAAGAGAUAGAAGAUGAUCAUGCUCAUAUAAUAAAAGAUGAACCAAUAGAUAAUUCUUAUCACGUUCCAAUUAAAGCAGAAGAAGAGGCGGUGCAACUCGAACGUAACGAAGAAGCAGAAAAUAUUGACUAUCCAAUUAUUGAAAAGAAAAACCGCGAUCUGGGUACAUCUAAAAUGUCUAUCCUGCCUGAUUUAAGACGAGAUUUAGAGCAUAUUCAUAAUCACCCUACUGAGAUUGCCUCUGUUUCAGGCUUCGGAAUACCCCAUGAUAGUAGUAGCAAUCAAGUAGUCAAAACUCCAGUACUUGCUAAAAGUAGAGCAUUCCAAGAAGAUCUGUUUGAUUCUAAUCACGAGCAGUCACAUCAAUUCUCUUUGAGAGACCACAUUGACAGCGAUUGGAAAUUUGAAGAUAGCAACGAUGGAGAUAGAGAAGACAAUGAUGAGCUCACUAACAAUGAAAUAACUAGGGAGACUAUUUUACAUAAUGAAAAAAAUGAAGGUAACUCGGAAAGCGAGGACCUGAAUAUCGAUCUGGAUAUUAAUGGAAGCAACUUGAAGGAAGAAAAUAUUAGUUAUAAUCUGGAACUAGAAGACAAGAAAGCUAGUAAUGUUGAACUCGAUCAUCAUGAAGAAAAGAACGAGGAAGUAUAUCUGCCAUCAAAAAGAGAAAGACUACUUGAAAUUGAUUUAUCCCCUGACAUAUCGAGGCAGAUCUCACGCGAGGAAUCUGUGAAAUCAUUAGCUCCUCCAAAGAUAGAUUCUCCUAUCAAAUCUCCUGUGAGAUCAUUUACAUUUGAAAGAAAUGUUUCCCAGAAUAACUCUCCGAUAAAACCAGGAAGAGUUCAAGUCCUCGAGCAACCAAAGGAAGUUGAAUUAGAAAAGAAAUUCGAGCCAAGGGAAUUAUUUAAAGAUUUUGACAAGGAAGAAAACGUAAUUGAUAAUUCUUCUAAAAAUACUUCUUCAGUUGCCAAGAAUGUUUCAUCUGAGAAGAUUCUUGAGAAUAGUACUGAGAAGGAGAUUGAAAAAGAAGCUGACAAUAAAUCUAAUGGUGAAGUAGAACCAUCUGAAACUCUGAAAAGCAAUGUCUCACACGAAGAUGACGAGGCACUUGCUAAUUCAUCAAAUAUUGCUCCUAACGAAGACAUCACUUUGCCCCCAGUUGAUUUAGUUUCUCAUCAAUUCUCCAUUGCUGAAAUAACUAAAAAUAUGGAAAAUAAUUUAAGUUUGUCCUUCGAAGAAUCACUUUCUGCUGAACAUGAUCAAGAUCCUGCUAACCCCACUAAUUUCAUAUCUAUUUGGCACUCCCAAGAUAGACAUAUAAAGGCAAAGCAACCUAAUGAUAAUUAUACGGCAUAUGAAGUGCUGCAACAGAAGGUAAAGCUUCCUUCUUCUCUCCAACCAAAAACUUUUAAAGAGGUAAAUGUGAUAACUAGACGUAUAGUCAGUCCUGGAUUUGAAGAUUUGAAUGUUUCAGGUUUUCUUCCAGAGCUUUCACAAGAUUCUGGAUUUGAAAAACAGUUUAAGGGUAUAGUAAAGUCGAGGGAUAAUACAAAUGAGAGCAAUUCCUUUAAUGACUCAACUCAAGAAAUUGAGGCUAAUGGCAGAUUCCUUCCUAAAAACUUGACUAGAAACAAUCAAAAUUUUUCGACUGACGAUUCUGAAGAUUCUAUUAAGGAACAAAAGUCUAGGUUGAGACCUCCUAAAGCCAAUUUUAAACCAGUAGUGGUGAAAAGAUCUCAAUUCAAGGUUCCUUCUUUUGAAAUCAAAAGGGGUAACUCUGUUUUGUCUCCAAGAAACCAAUAUGACGAUAUUUAUAAUGAUACUAUAAAACCUAGGAAAUACCUUCCACCUCAAACGACAGAGGACAGAGCUGCCGAAGUUCAGCAAGUAUUGGAUGAGCCGCCAACUAUCAAAAGUAGUGGAAUGAAAACUUUGCCAAGUAUGGAUAGAAAUGAUGUUCAAAAGAUUUUAAAUACGAAACGCAUUAUCAGCCAGGAAGAAUAUUCGAAACUUAAAUUACUUGGAAAUACGAAAAAGGAAUCUUUAAUCUUACAGGAUGAUAAGUAUGAUCAUUUACAACAACAAGCUUCAAUACAUGAUGCACAUGAAGAAGACGAUGAUGAUGACUUGAGUGGCAACACUACUUAUAUUAGCAAAAGUUUGCCAACUGGUGCUACUCCAACUCAUCGUGCCGUUGCAUCUACUCCAACUAAUGGUGGUCGUGCUGUUGAGGUAGAUAAUUCUAUUCUUCCACACUUGGCUGAUGAAUUGUUGAGGGUUCCAAGUGCUCUACUUUCCAAAGAUCAAUUUUUUAAGGAGUCUGAGUUUAGUAGUCCAGUAAGAGUUAAUGAUGCUAUUGAUACUAGUUCUGAAGCAUCUUCAAGAGUCAGUUCUGUAAUUCACACAAAGAAACCACAAACACUUGCUCCAAAACACGUAAUUUCACAGCACUUUCCUGAACCAGAUCCAGAACUUUGUCACGACAUUUUUAAAACUCCUCCUAAGGAGUUGGAUAGUACAAUAAAUAGUACUGAGGAUGAACAAGCUCAACAGAGGCUUUUGGCAUACGAUGCUUCGAAAGAAAAGAGGAAGACUAGAAGUUACCAUCAUUCCAGUACUCCUAUAAAGAACAAGCCUGGCAGUAAGGGAAAUUCUCCAAUAAAAAUUGGAUCCCCGAUUCUUAUUGUAAAAGAUAAAAUCAAUGGUGGAGUCACUGCGGUUCCUUCUCCAAAAAAAUCACAAUUCAGAGAUGAAGUUUCAUUUACUGGAAAUGAUUUGAGCUUUGAUAAACUCAGAGAAUCCCCUCAAAAGAGAAUCAAUGAUCUUCAAACAGUAAAUGUACCUUCUCAGUCAAGCAAUAAUACAAAUAGCACCAGUUCAUCUUCUGCUAUCUUGAUGUCGGCUGGGAAAGAAAAAAGAAAGAUUUCUGGUCAACUGCUGACUACCGUGACUAGCUCUUCUCGUCGAAAGCCACUUUCGGAGAGAGGCAGAUUGUUCCUUCGAGUUGUUGGAUUGAAAAACCUCGACUUACCGGAUUUGAAAAAUAGAGAUGCCGAAUUCACCAUGACUUUGGACAAUGGAGUACAUUGUAUCAAAACACCAAGUUACAAUUUAAAUGAUCGUAACAUAUCAAUAGGUAAGGAAUUCGAAUUGACUGUGGGCCAAACUGGAUUAGAGUUCAUUUUAACUAUGAAAGCAACUUAUGAAAAGCCUAAGGGUGGAUUGAAGGAAGUUCAUGAACGGAAAGUAGUAAAAUCCAAGAAUAGACUUAGUAGACUUCUAGGGUCUAAGGAAAUAGUUCACACUACGAAAUUUGUACCAAUAGAUGUCGUUGAUACCUGGGAGAACAAAUUUGCUCAAGAUGGUUCAUUUGCGAGAUGUUACGUGGACUUGGAUCAGUACGAAGGUAAGAUUACUGGUAAAGUUUGUAAUUUUGAUGUCACCUGCUUUAAUGAAUGGGCAACUGUCAGUGAUUCGAAAGGUGAGCAAAUUAAAUGCAAGCCCUACAGAAUUGGACAACUAGAAGUUAAGAUGCUUUUCAUUCCAAAAUCUGUUCAUGAAGAAGUUCUACCAUCUUCCAUCAAGUCUGCAUAUGAAAGUGUUAAUUCCUUGAAACAUGAACUUUCGUUAUCCUUUGAGGGGUACUUACACCAAGAAGGAGGUGACUGUGAAGUAUGGAAGAGAAGGUUCUUCAAACUAGAAGGUACCUCAAUGAUUGCACACAGUGAAUACACUCACAAAACAAGAGCAAAAAUCAAUUUGGCCAAGGUUGUUGAAGUAAUCUAUAUUGAUAAGGAAAAUUCUAAAACUCAAAGCAAUUAUAGAAAUUUCAGUGAGGUUCUAUUAUUGGAACACGCAUUCAAGAUUAAAUUUGGUAAUGGUGAAACGAUUGAUUUCGGGGCACCUAAUAACGUGGAGAAAAUGCAAUGGAUCUCUAUCUUAGAGAAGAUCAUUCAGAGAAAUAAGUUUAGAGUUCAACCUUGGGUUAAGAUUAUGUUAGAAUGUAAUAAUAUUAAACAGAGUGUAUAA